CAUUGAUUUCGGUCAAGUGGUGGGUUGGAAAGGUUAUAGCAGGUAGUGUUAAAUUACACAGGUCUUUUAAAUUUCAGCCAUGUCCUCUAAAGAUAAACCAGAAAUGCAACAAAUAGAGCUAAACAAACUAAGUUUACAACAAUUAACUCAACUUAAGAAACAAUUAGACCAGGAACUGAGCGUAUAUCAAGAUUCUUUGCAAACAUUAAAAAUGGCUCAGUCAAAAUACAGUGAUUCACGAGAAAGCUUAGAGAAAAUAAAAUCUGAUACUUGUGGUUCCAGCAUUAUGGUCCCAUUGACUGGUUCUAUGUUCGUACCUGGUACCAUUGCUGAUUCCGAAAAAGUCUUGGUUGAUGUUGGAACUGGCUAUUAUUUGAAUAUGAAUAUUGAAAGUGCCAGAGACUAUUUCAAAAGGAAGGUAACUUUUGUCACCGAACAAAUGGAAAAGAUUCAGAAUAUUGGGCUAGAAAAGAGUAAAAUAAGAGAAGCUAUUAUGGAUGUGAUGGAGAUGAAGAUUCAGGCUCAAUUAGCUACACAGAGAGCGGUCCAAAAUACUACAGCGAAAACGUGAGAAAUGAUGAGAGCUGUCAUACGAAAAAUUUAUGUUUCUUAUAUUAACGCUUGUAUUUAUAAUUUACUAAUGUUUUCACAGAGUUUUGUAUCCAUAAAUACCUGUUAUUAAAUAUGGAAAUUAUAUUUUAGUUCUAACUUUUUUUUAUAAAUAAAUACAUUUUGUUAUGUAGUACUAUGUGUUUUGAUAGAACCUACAAAAUAUUGUAUUUAAUGAAAUAACCCGCAGUUUAAAAAAAAUCAAUAUGGAAAACUGUUCAUGACUUGUUAGCAUUUGAUUUUAUUAUUUUAAUUUUCUGUAAAUAUGUCAUUCAAAACUAAAAUAUUUAUGUAGUAUCCAUGUAACUGUAGAAAUUUAAAACACCAAUCGGUAAAGUGUUUUUUCAUAUUUAUUUUUUGAUAAUACUCAAGAGUUAGAUUUUUAAGAUGAACUUGAAAAACGUAAUGUUAAAUUUAUGCUGAAAGCUUAAGAUAUCAUUUCAUGUAAUACUUGUUUUCCAUAAUAGAUAUAUAUAUAU